UUAGAAUGACUUAUUUUCAAUAGCAUUUGGUGUUGAUGAAGAUUUGUUAAAGGUUCAAGUAGAUCUCUAGUGUUGCCGAAAGAGCACGAUCGCGAGGACGAACUGUCUGCGAGCGGGUCGCUGAUUUCCGGCCUAACUCCCUGCGUGUUUAUCUGUCAUCCGUUCUGAAUACCGCUCAACAUUUGCGUGUAUACACGGCCUCCAGACGCGAUCUGGUUAAGGGAAAAGAAGAGUCUGAGAACCUGUCUUGCAGUGAUUCCAUUGAAACAUUUGAACACGGGUUAACAGAGCACACUCGCAGUGUAGUAGCAUAGGAAGAUUGCUGGUCACAGCUAAAAAUCGUCGGCUGCCUGGAAGAAGGUCGUAAGGCCAAGGGCGAUAAAUGGAUCAAAAGAAAUUGCAUCUUGAUGUCUAAGUUUAUAAAGCACAUUAAAUUGGCAACAUGAGCGAGUUCAGAGUUCAUCACCAAGUCAGCGAGCUCAUCAAACUUCUUGGUCUACCUGGUAGUGCAGGCCCAGAGCUUUAUGUGGACCUACUCCUGAAGAACAGAACGCCGUAUGUCACUACACAAGUGUCAGCUCACAGCGCCAAGCGCAAGAUAGCUGAAUUUUCCCAGACUCCCGUGGAGUUCCUGCAGAAAUAUGAUGAGCUGAAAUCCAAAAAUAAUCGGGAUCUAGAUGCCUUUGUCUACCUCCUGUCCAAGUUGUCCGAAGACAAAGACACAGUGUCUGUCUUGCAACAGAAUGCCCAGGCUCUGCAGAUGCCCAUGGACAGGGUGGUCCUGCCUCCGUCCGGAUCCAAGAUGUCAGAGCAGGAAGUGUCGGAGUUGCGUAACCAGCUACUGAGUGUGGCCAGCAGUGGAGCAGCUAGCCAAGCCUCUGAGGUCUUCAAGAAAAUGAUGAGGGAGAAACAAUCCAGGAAAAACUUAUCCUUGAAGCUUCCUGAGCUGUCUUCCUGGGUACUUGAGAGGCCUAACCUGACUGGUGACUUCGUGUCAAGUCCAGGGACUUCUCAACCGGGUGUGGCUCUCGGGACACUACCCCUAGGGGUGCAAGAAUUGGCCAUUGUGCAGGACCUCCUCAUGGUUAUGACGGGUACUGAGGGAAAGUACACGUUACUCCGCCCACCUCAAGACCAAUCCUCUGGCCGCACCUUCGUUAUUGACCAAUCACUGGACGUCUCAUUGCGUGAAGUGGCCAAUCGCAUCCUUCCUGUCUGUACUAUGUACUCUGCCGUGGUGCGAUUCAUUGAGGACAAGUCAUCCUUUGAGUAUGGCAUGGUUAACCAUGCCCUGUGUGGGGCAAUGAAGACUCUUAUCAAAGAGUAUUCCAUCUUGACAGCUCAGCUGGAGCAUCAGUUCAGACAGGGUCAGCUCCCUCUGCAGAGAUUUUGGUUCUACAUCCAGCCGUGCAAGCAGACAAUGGAGAUCUUAGCGUCAAUUGCACAGGCCAUUGACCGUGGGGCGUCAACAGGGGGCGCUGUGCUCAGCCUGCUGCACGAGAGGACUGUGACUAUGAUAGGUGAUACACGAGCUCAGAACCUUUGCCUGUUCUUGACGCAGUCAGCUUGUGCACCGUACUUUGAAAUUUUGGAGAAAUGGAUCUAUAAGGGAAUCAUCAAGGAUCCGUACUGUGAGUUCAUGAUUGAGGAGCACGAAGCCUUACGAAAGGAGAAGCUGCAGCAAGAAUACAAUGACGCUUACUGGGAGCAACACUAUACCAUCUGUCGGGACAGGAUACCAGUCUUCUUGGAGACGGUCGCUGAUAAAAUCCUGCGGACAGGGAAAUACCUCAAUGUCAUCAGAGAGUGUGGGCGUGACCCCAAAUGCCCGCAUGCAGAGGAGAUAUUGUACACACUGAAGGAGCGGCAGUAUGUUGAGCACAUUGAACACGCCUAUCAGUAUGCAAGCAGGGUGCUACUGGAUCACAUUAUAGACGAUCGGGAACUGAUGCCUAGACUCAGGUCCAUCAAGCGAUACUUUCUGUUAGAGCAAGGAGAUUUCUUUGUCCAUCUGAUGGACAUAACCACGGAGGAGAUGAAGAAACAGGUGGAUGAGAUCAUCCCAAGCAGGCUGGAGUCGCUGUUGGAGCUAGCUCUACGGACGAGUCAGGCUAAAUCAGAUACCUUCAAAGAUGACUUGAGGGUGGCAUUGCUUCCUUAUGAUCUCAUCACACAGCUGCUGAGAAUUAUCUCCAUCGAGUCAAGAGUUGAGAAAUCAAUCAUUCAGGAGAUUGACCCUACUGAGAUCAACAUUUCUUGUCUGGAAGCAUUCUCCUUUGAUUACGUUGUCAGAUGGCCUGAGUCGCUCAUCCUCAGCAGAAAGGCAUUGACUCGCUACCAGAUUCUGUUCAGACAUCUGUUUUAUUGCAAGCACGUGGAAAGAAUCUUAUGCAAUUUGUGGGUGUUGAACAAGGCAGCUAAGCAGUACACCCUCCACUCUUCCAGGUGGUACGCUGCAGCCUUCGCACUGCGCCAGAGAAUGCUUCACCUUGUCCAGAAUCUACAGUACUACAUGAUGUUUGAGGUCAUUGAACCCAACUGGCAAAUCAUGGAGACUAAACUGAGACAGGUGUCCACCAUUGAUGAUGUACUCGAUAUCCACACCGACUUCCUGAACAUGUGUCUGAAGGAUUGCAUGCUGACGGACCCAGAACUACUGAAGAUUGUCAGCAAACUCAUGCUAGUGUGUGUCACAUUCGCCAACUGCAUACAGCGAAUGACAGAGACAAUGAACGUGGAGGGUGAGGCGAGUUUCCGAGUGGAUACGACUGACCCUAAAGGAAAAGAUAAAGACAAAUCCGAGUCCAGGAAAUACAGGACUGCAGCAAAGGUGGCAUCAGAACACGUCAACCUGCUGAUUGGCAGUGAGGAAUUCGCCAGCACCAUCGCUAACUUUGACAGCAACUUCUCCACUCUACUGGUCAGCCUGCUGGAUCAGCUGAGUCUCUUCAGUACGACAGACUGCGAACACAACAUGACUAACAUCAUCCACAGACUGGACUUCAAUGGGUUCUACACCGAGGGGUUGGAGAGGGUGGCUGCUGAGAGGCGGAGCAAAGAAUUUGAGGGGGAGGCACAGGACCAAGCAGGCGCAUCAGGUAGUUCCCUGACCAGUGUCUCCAGUCUGUCGUCCAGGGCAAGAUCUGACUCAGCUGGUACUAGUCACAGACCAGGGAGUAAAGGGACGUAGCCAAGAGGUGAUCUGAUGAUGAACCGAUGAUGCAGAAAGCAAAAGAAUAAACUAUGUAAAAGGUGAGAUGUUUACAACGAGAAGGGUCUGAUAGUUGGUACAUCCACUGUGCUAGAUGUUUUGCUUGUACUGUAUGUAAUUGCUAGUUUUCCUAAAGUUACGAAAAGUUCCAGAAAUAUUUUGCAUCUAAAGUGACACUUUAUGUAUUUUCUUAGACUUAUGUUAAUGGUACAUAGGAUUAUUUGCUUGUGCAUUUUUUUUUUCAAGCAACAAAAUUUCGCAAAAGCGGAAGUUGGGUGGAUAACAACUACCCUCUGGAAGAUUUAGCUCAGCGGCAACUAUACAUUAUGAGAAAACAGAGACAACGUCUGCACAUUUUUGGGGGUUUUUGUAACUGGAUUCCGUUACUAAAGCACUUAACAAGUUUUUAAAACUGCCUUCAAUUAUUGUUUUUUUGCUGAAUGAUAUUAUUUCAGACAGAGUACUUUGUACCAUCCUUUUCUUCACUUUGAUCGGUAGGUCCAUUUCUGCAUUUUUACCAAUGAUCCUACAUGUACCGGUACGUGCCUUUAAGAUUUGUUGCCCAGGCAAAAUAUGUAAAUAUUGUAAAAUGCAUUAAUAUUUACUGUGCAUACCCUUCAUUGUUCACUUAAAAAGGGCAAUCUCGAUAAGGUUUUUUUUCUUUCUUUCUUAUCCAUUUAGCCAACCAAACAACAUUUAAUUUAAUGGGGUCCAAAAGUCAACAUUAGAUAUUUGUAUAUAUUUAUAAAAUCAGUUUCGUUUACGUGAAGACUCGCGGUUGAAUUGUGAAUAAAAAGCUAAACAAGAUCCCUGCAGUAGAUAUCAUACCACUCCUGUUAAUAUUUAUCUACGUUCUGUGAAUCGAAUUUCAUUUCUGUGCAAAUUACAAAGUUGACUUCUUUUCUUAUUUUUGUAAAAAGCUUUUUGCUCUUGUAGCAGUACUGCUGUAAGUGUAUAAAAUGUGAUCACAAUUACAUAAUAUUACAUGUGUUCUUUCUUUUUUGAAAAAAAUAUUAGGUUUGCGCCAUUUUGAAUUGUGAUAUGUUUUUAUGCAGUGAAACGAUAGUCGCAAAUUUAAUUUCCAUAAUGAGUUUAAACUGUACUUUUGAAAAAA